AUGGCCCCAGUCCAAACAGAAGAAAUGGUCAGACCGAAGGAGUCGCUAGCUGGUAUAUUCCCUAUUAAAUCGAUGACACCGCUGAGGGUCCCACCAAGAUCGCCUAUGGUUCAAAAACCACUACCGCGGCAAUUGAUGCCGAGGGCGAUGACUGAGGACGCACCGCAUACGACAGAGAGGAAAGUGCUGGGACGCAUUGUGGAGGGUUUUGGACGUGCACUGGAUAUUGAUCGGGUUGUCAAGAAGAGAGAGAUGACUUGCUUGUGCCGUGCAGAGGAUGAAGACACCAGGUACAAUUCUAUGAUCGCGAGCGAUAAUAUUGAGUAA